AUGCUGCCGAUCAAGCUCCGAAGUUCGUCGUCCAAGGACAGAAUCGCGAUCUUGCCACCCAUCGGCUCACCAUCGCAUGUUUCGGGUUGCAUGGGCCUGUCGGCUUUCCCGGAGGCCGCCAGCGAGUCUGCUCUCACCAGCCAGGAUUUGAUCGGCCCCAGCUUCUCGGGCACCAUCCGCCUCGAAAACAUGAAGAACAGCCAUGCCUGCAUCGCAUUCAUCCGAGUCUCGCUCAGCGUCACGGUGCUUGUCAAGGGCGCCGCCCGAUCGCUUCUCUCAAAGUACAUCGACCUGUCGGCCUCCGAUAUUGCGCCUUACCUCGAGGCCUCUUUGAUACCCUUCUCUCUCGCACUCACACCGGCCGAGGCCGAGUCCCUGCCUCCGUCGGUGUCGCUGCCGACGCUCAAGAUUGCUGUCCAGUACGAGCUCUCAUGCGUCGUCCACUACUCCAACGGCAGCACCGUCGCCUCGCCCGCCCUUGUCGUUCCCGGGGUCGAGCGAGCCACACUCCGCGAUGCCGCCGUUGCACUGGCCCCUCAGCCAUGCUUCCGGGUCGGUUCUCACGGCUGGUCCGCCCAGCGCCCAUCCAUGAACAUUGUCUGCGACGUCGAACGAACCAAGCUUCUCCCUGGCGACAGCAUCCAGUUGUCGCUGCAGAUCAGCCCCUGGGAGAUGUCCUCCCAACCCGAAAAGUCCAGUGUCGGGGUGUUCUUCUCGCUUGUUGAGUCUGUCGAGCUCAGGAUCCCCGAACCUGGCCGUGGUCGCUCGGUGCUUUCGAUGCUCAAGAGCAUCACCGAAGGCUCCAGCGACAGCAACUCUGUUAUCAUCAAGAAUAUCCUGGUCGACAAAUGGCCAACCAACGUCCGCCGCCAGAUCGAUAUCCACCUCCCGCUACUCAAGUCCAGCCCCAAACAGAAUGCUGGUUCCAGUCUGCUCGAUGAUCUCUAUGCGAAUCCCAACGUCUCGCUCGAUGAUCUGCCCGAGUUCGCCCUCCGCCACGCUCUCAAGAUCACCAUCGUGCUCUCUCCAACCGAGGUCGUCUUCCACCAGGUCCCCAUCACAAUCCUUCCAUUCUCUCCUGACACACUCAAAACAAUCGAGCUGAACUUCAAGGAGCCGCUGAGUGCCGAGAUCGGCGCCUUGGUCGAGAUGGCCAUGCAUCGACCGCUCGAGUUGGGCGAGGAAGCCGGCCACUGGCUGCCCAGCUUCGAGCACGCCGUUGCCGAGUCCGAGGUUCCGCCUGAAUAUUCCGUCGCGGCCCGUGCCGCAGACCACCAACCUUAAUGGUUCCGACGGGAAGCUACCGACGAGCCAAAUCAUCAUAAUCCCUCAUCUAUCCCCUGGUUCUGCUGUCUCACUGGCUCACUUCACUGUCCUGUCUAUCAUUGCUUGGUCGCCAGUCCACAAGGACCCAACUCUCUGUUUUUGUCGAUUCGCCCAUAUUCUGUCUGUUCGAGCCUGUCUGUUCUGCU